CAAUAUAUUGUACAAGGUUUAUCACUGGAUGAAUGUUGUCGUCUGUAAAACUUUGAGACUUCUAAUUUUGUUAAAUAUCAGUUCUAGAAGUGCGAGUGAGCUAUGAUUCACAGCUUCUUCAUCAUAAAUACGUCUGGUGACAUCUUUAUCGAGAAGCACUGGAAGAGUGUCAUCCAUCGGUCCGUCUGCGACUACUUCUUCGAUGUCCAGCGGAAAGCGAGCUCUCCUGAAGAUAUACCACCGGUCAUAUCUACACCACACCAUUAUCUUAUAAGCAUAUACAGGUGUAAGAUGUUCCUUGUUGCGGUGACAAUGUCUGAAGUGCCACCUCUUUUUGUGGUGGAAUUUUUACACCGGGUUGUGGACACUUUUAUAGACUACUUUGGCGAUUGUACAGAGUUUAUCAUUAAGGAACAUUACGUUGUGGUGUAUGAGCUUCUAGAUGAAAUGCUGGAUAACGGCUUCCCAUUGGCCACCGAGUCCAACAUCCUCAAGGAAUUGAUAAAGCCACCAAACAUCCUGAGGACCCUAGCAAACACGGUCACUGGAAGAACAAACCUAAGUUCCACACUUCCAACCGGGCAGCUCUCUAACAUCCCGUGGCGUCGUACAGGGGUGAAAUACACCAACAACGAGGCCUACUUCGACGUCAUUGAAGAAGUGGACGCGAUCAUCGACAAGGGUGGCUCUGUCAUCUCAGCCGAAAUUCAGGGUUAUAUCGACUGCUGCAUCAAGUUGAGCGGAAUGCCUGACCUGAGCCUGACCUUUGUCAACCCUCGCCUGUUUGAUGAUGUCAGCUUUCACCCGUGUGUCAGGUUUCGUCGUUGGGAGUCUGAACGAGUGCUGUCCUUUGUGCCUCCAGACGGAAAUUUUCGACUCAUGUCCUAUCACAUUGGCUCUCAGAGCAUUGUAGCCAUUCCAAUCUAUGUCCGCCACCAGAUCAGUUUCAAAGAUGUCGGUGGAGGUCGUCUCGACAUUACUGUGGGGCCAAAACAGACCAUGGGAAAAACAGUAGAUGACGUCGUUUUGGACAUUCCCAUGGGAAAGACAGUUCUCAAUGUAACGCUGACACCGAGCCAGGGCAAGUACUCCUUCGACCCUGUUGCCAAGAACCUGGUCUGGGAAGUUGGACGCAUCGAGAUGGGGCGUCUUCCAAACCUCCGAGGAACGAUAGCUCUUCAAAGUGGAGCUCCACCUCCAGACAGCAACCCAACUAUUUCAGUCCAGUUUACAAUUAACCCUCUGGCUGUUUCUGGACUCAAAGUGAACAGGCUGGAUAUGUAUGGCGAGAAAUACAAGCCCUUCAAAGGAGUCAAGUACGUCACGAAGGCAGGUCGGUUUCAAGUCCGAACGUAGAAGGUGAAGGAACGUGCGAUUCUGGACAAGGGCAGCCUAUUCCUCCAUCCUUGGUCUAUGUCUUCUAACUAAGCGGCAUACCUUGGCAGGUGUCUCUGGGUUGUAUUACAGCAUGAUGUUCACGAUGAUGCUAAAGUAAAAAUUAUUGUACUGAUUGUAUAUAGUAAACCAGAGUCUGAAUUAUAUACUUUGUAAUUGA